AUGGACAGAAGCCAGGUAGACACCGAUGAUGUGCUGACAAAAGAAGAACAGAUUUAUUUGCUAGACAAGGCAAAAGCAGUAUGUCACAGGCAGAUAACUGCCCAGCAAGGGAGAGUGAAAGGAUGUCUUUCCAAGUUCAGCACUCUGAUCUACAAAAUAUUGAGACUUGUUAUUUCUUUGUUAGAUGAGAAUUGCUUGCCUGAGUGGGACGGAAUCACUUGCUGGCCAGAGAGCUUCCCGAAUGAAGUGGUGGCAGUCCCAUGUCCAGACUAUAUCUAUGACUUCAACCACAAUGGUCAUGCCUACCGAUUCUGUGAUUCAGAUGGGACCUGGCACUUGGUACCCAACAUGAACAAGACAUGGGCCAAUUACACAGAAUGUGCCAUAUUCUUUGCACCAGAGCAACAGAAGAAAGAGAAGGAAGUGUUUGACCGUCUGCACAUCAUAUAUACCGUUGGCUACUCCAUCUCCCUCACCUCCCUUGUGGUUGCCAUGUUCAUCCUUUGCUAUUUCAAGCGACUCCACUGCACUCGGAAUUACAUCCAUCUCCACCUCUUUGCUUCCUUCAUCUGUCGAGCAACAAGCAUCUUUGUGAAGGACGUGGUGCUCUAUUCCAGCACCCUCUCAGAGGGACCGGGGAAAGCACAUGCUGAGGACUGGAAUGCCGAGGUGCUCAGACUCUUUUGGGGAACUAGAAAGACCCAGCUGGCAGGCUGCAAAGUGGCUGUAACCAUAUUCCUCUAUUUCUUGGCUACCAAUCACUACUGGAUCUUAGUUGAAGGCCUCUACCUCCACAGUUUGAUCUUCAUGGCUUUCCUAUCAAACAAAAGCUACUUGUGGGCCCUCACCCUCAUUGGCUGGGGGGUGCCUGCUGUCUUCGUUUCAAUAUGGGCCAGCGUAAGAGCCUCUCUGGCAGAUACGCAGUGCUGGGACCUCAGCGCGGGACACAUGAAAUGGAUCUACCAAACCCCAAUCUUGGCAGCAAUUGCGGUCAAUUUCUUACUCUUCCUCAACAUUGUGAGAGUCCUUGCCUCCAAACUGUGGGAAGCCAAUACAGGAAAAUUAGACCCCCGCCAACAGUACAGGAAGCUUCUGAAAUCCACUCUGGUCCUGAUGCCUCUCUUUGGUGUCCAUUAUGUGGUGUUCAUGGCCAUACCUUACACAGACGUCUCCAGCACUCUUUGGCAGAUUCAGAUGCAUUAUGAGAUGCUCUUCAAUUCUUUACAGGGUUUCUUUGUGGCUUUUAUUUACUGCUUUUGCAAUGGUGAGGUACAAGCAGAAGUUAAAAAAGCCCGUUUCCGGAGAAACCUGGUAUUAGACAUCAAGCAGAAAACCAGAGUGACCAGCACAGGGGGCAGCUGCUAUUACGGGGGGCUUGUGUCCCAUGUCACCAACAGCGUGAGUCUGAGUAUGGCUGGCUGGGGGACAGCCUCAGCAACAGCAGUAGCCUUGCCUUUGGGCACCAAGAACUGGCUGCUACACCUUACCCCUGCUGCUGCACUGGAAUACAUGCCUGGCUUCCCCCCAAUGCCCAGCCAAGAGAUUACAGAGAAGGCCUUUGAGGAAAACCUAAAUGCUUCAAGGGAGUCCCUCGAGUCAGAGGGAAGCCACUCUGGUUUGAAAAAGGAAGUGGAGACCAUGUUGUAAAAUAGCAUAGAAAAUUAAAAACUGGAUAACAAUCAGGCCUCAGGGGCAGCAAAUGAGAGAAUUUUAGAGCUAGAGUUAUUCAACAAAUGCUUUACAUAGGGGAGCAAUUUGAAUCCGUAGGCCUAGAAUUAAGGGCACUCUAUCUUUAAAGGCUCUUUUGCCUCAGUUGUAUUAUUGUAACGCGGAAUAAAGUGUUCAA